GAAAUCGCUUGUUCCCCCUACGCAAUUGACCCUGCCCCGCUACAUCGCCAGGCCGCCGCCGCCGCCCAAGCCCCCAACCCCAAGCCACGAACACCCCAGCAGCCAUACCGAACCCCCGCACGCAAAGGCCCCUCACCACCCCCCAUUCCUCCGAUCACAACCAGCAAAAUCUUCUACGCCGCAGUUGACCCACGAGCUUGGCUAGGCGCCCCCCCAACCAAACCCCCCACUCCCCCUCCACCCAAACGCCUCUCCUAGCUAGUGGUUAACCGAAGAAAGCAACAGCAUCAGGGGCUCAUCAUUUUGAACAUUCGAGCCUGGAAGAGGUGGCUCCCAGCUUCUGGAAACCAUCUGCUUGCGGGAUUUAACUAACAAUGAGGAGAGGAAAGGCAAUCACUACCGGAUCUACUGCGCGCAGUUCUGUUCCUGAUGCAGCCCGCGAAGUACUAGAGGUACUUUACCUAGACAGUAUUGAUGUUGGAGUGAUGAACAUGGAGCAUUCGACAUUCCCCCGCAUUAGCAGUUUCUCCGCGGAGACAAUUAAGUCUAUGGUCCUAGCAGACAGUUUAUGCAGAAGUGGUGGCAGUUCAGAUUUUGAGUUCGGCAAGAGUCAGCUUCGCAACGCCUCUGGCAUAUGUUACUCAUGGGCAUAUGAAUCAUUCAGUGCUUGCUGUGGAGGUAUUGGCAGCAGUUUGCCGGGCCUAUGGGAAAUUUCAGUCUCUUUUUCACGAGCACUUGGCGUUCAUAUGAAGGCUGCGGGAGCACUAUUCUUCGCCGUUGCUGAGUUCGAAAUGAUGAGCAACAGACACGAGGCUAACCAUGCAGGGAGCAUUGCAUCGGCGCUAACGAAAAUAAUCGAGCCAUUCACAAAUGGAUACUGCUACGAUGCAGGGAGAGACAUCAACAUGGCGUGGCUAGGUACUACAAUAGGAGCGGAUGUGAGCAUGAUGCUGGACGAAGCGUCAUUAUUUGUGUGCUGCAAUUGGCAGAGACGAGGAUUUGCUUUUGAAGAUGGAAGCUCGGAGCACAACGAUGCAACUGGUAGUGCAUCUAUUCAAGAUUGCAACUGCCGCAAGCGGCCACGUGGACCAAACGGCUUAACCAUAUCUGGACAAACUAGUGAAGAAAGAUUCACUCAUACAUCAGCUACAAAUGGAUACAUAUGUAUCGAGUUGUAUGGUCCAACUGAUGAGUGUGACAGAGUAACCUCAUAUGAGACCUUCAAGAAGGCUCUUGCAAUCCGUGCCCUGGCAAGUUAA